AUGUCAAUGCCGAACUACAACUCCAUUCCACAAGGAUCACAUCGGGCUAAUUACAACACAGUUCCAAGUUACCAUCCGAAUCCGAUGAGCUACCAACAACCCUACCCGCCACCUUACUAUCCCCUGGCUCCAGUUCCUCCCCGUCCUGGGCAGCAGGCUUCAACUCACAUGUCAGACCCACUGCGCUCGUACCGAAUGAGUCAACGCGAUGCAGAUCAGCAUCUUCACCAAGGACGGAGCACAUAUCGACCCCAAGAACGGUCGCACCAGCAACAACAUCAGCGCCAUCACUACUGA